AUGUUAGUGGCUAUGUAUGCUGAAAAGUUUGAAGAUAUGGCUGCUUAUUCUAGACAGGCCAUUUUGAAGAAAGUUCAAGAAGAAAGGGAUCGGUAUAGGAGUGGACAGAAGGACCAGGGAAGGUCGGGUAACCAUUUUAGGCCUAGACCUCAAUAUUUUAAAGGAAAACAAGUGCAACAUGCAAGACCUAACCAUCCUCCGCAAUGUCAAGUAUGUAAGAAGUCUCAUUUUGGAAGAUGUGCUAGAAGUUUGAUUAGGUGUUUUACUUGUCAGAGGGAGGGACACAUGGCUAUGGAUUAUCCUCAGAAUAAGAAUCAGGUUCAAGGAAGGAACACUGGUCGAGUUUAUACUUUGGAUGCAAGGAAGGAUAAGAGCAACAAUGCUUUGAUUGCUGGUACGUGUCCCGUCAAUGAUCAUCCUUGUUAUAUAUUGUUUAAUUAUGGGGUAACACACUCUUUUGUGUCAAUUCAGUGUAUGAAGCGUCUUGGCUUGCAAGCAAUUCCUUUGUCUCCUCCUAUGGUGGUUACUAUCGUCGUGGAUGAUGUGGUUGAGACACCGUUAAUUUGUGAAAGUUGUUCUCUUUCGGUGAAUGGUAGAAUUUUCCAGAUUGAUCUUAUUUGUUUACCACUUAAGAAGGUUGAUGUGGUUUUGGGGAUGGAUUGGCUUUCCGCCAAUUCGGUGUUUAUUGGAUGUGAAGAGUAG